CCAGAUCUUUUACCUAAACUUUGCUUGAGUGUUCUCAGUUGCAUCCCUGUUGUUCAUGUGAUAGGUUGUUUUGUCUAUGUGAGUGUGAGCAUGUGUGGCGUGCCUGUGUUGUAUCUGUACAUAGCAGAGUGUGCGAGUGAGCGUUUGGAUCCCUCCUCCCUGGUGCUCCGCCGGCCCCUCUGUCGCUUUAAGUCCUGCCCCUCUGAGCCAGCCAACAGCAGCUGUUCCAUAUUCAUCAAGCCCUUGAGUCUUAAAGAGCCCUAUCCCGACCAUGGAAAGAGUCAUUCCUCUCGCCAGCGCUCUCAUGCUCUCUCCAUCUUAGCGCUCAUCCCGCUGCUGCCUGCGCUUCUCUCUCUCUCCCCCUUUACCUCACUGUCUAUCUGUCCCUCCCCCCUCACUCUCUCCCUCUCUCUCUCUCUGUCACACACACAUUCACUUACAUACACCCUCACACACGUUCUCUCCCACACAUAUAUACAUAAACACACAUACACAACACACAUGCUCAUGCACCCACACACCCACCCAAUCCAUCAGAGUCCAACAUACCUGUGCAGGCUGGGGGGAGCGGUGCUGGAGGGGGUUUUCGGCAGUGUUGUCUCUGAGGGUGCUGUGCUAUCAUUUGGGGAAGAAGCGGGUCUCAAUUGUUUUCUCUUUCCUCUUCCUCUCAUUCCUGGAAUGCUAAAACUGGACUGAUGGACAUUUCAGAACUUUGUCUUCCAGACCCUCUCAGCUAUCAUAACCAGGCUUUGUUGUCCAAUUCAUUAGAGAGAUUCCUGAGUCCACUGGCCACGCUGGAGCCCUCUCAUUUCUGGCUGCUGAAUAGAAUGGCCGCUGAUGACCGGCACCUACCCUCCAGCUGUGGGUCCUACAUCAAGACGGAGCCAUCCAGUCCCUCCUCAGUCAUCGACACAGUUAGCCAUCACAGCCCCAGCGGCAACUCAGAUGCCAGCGGCGGCUAUGUCAGCACCAUGAACAGCCACUCCAACGGCCUGGACUCUCCUCCUAUGUUCACCCCAAGUGGGCUAGGGGCUGGCACCUGCCGCAAGCGCUAUGACGACUGCUCCAGCACCAUCAUGGAGGACUCAUCCAUAAAGUGCGAAUACAUGUUGAACUCCCUCCCCAAGAGGCUGUGCCUGGUCUGUGGAGAUAUUGCCUCGGGGUAUCACUAUGGGGUGGCCUCUUGUGAGGCUUGCAAAGCCUUUUUUAAAAGGACAAUACAAGGUAAUAUAGAAUACAGCUGUCCAGCCACAAAUGAGUGUGAGAUCACAAAAAGGAGACGCAAAUCAUGUCAGGCUUGUCGCUUCAUGAAAUGCCUCAAAGUGGGGAUGCUCAAAGAAGGUAAGAAGAGAGUUCGUCUAGACCGUGUGCGAGGGGGCAGACAGAAGUACAAACGGAGGCUGGACACGGAAAACAACCCGUAUCUGGGCUUGACGCUCCCCCCUCCCACCAAAAAGCCUCUCACAAAGAUAGUGUCUCACUUGUUGGUGGCGGAGCCGGAGAAGAUCUAUGCCAUGCCUGACCCCACCAUGCCGGAGAGCGACAUCAAGGCUCUGACCACGCUGUGCGACCUGGCUGACCGUGAGCUGGUGGUCAUCAUUGGCUGGGCCAAACACAUCCCAGGCUUUUCAACUCUGUCUCUGGGCGACCAAAUGAGUUUAUUGCAGAGCGCAUGGAUGGAGAUCCUCAUCCUCAGCAUUGUGUUCCGCUCGCUGCCAUAUGAAGACGAGCUGGUGUAUGCCGAGGACUACAUCAUGGACGAGGAGCAUUCACGGCUCACUGGCCUGCUCGACCUCUACGUGUCCAUCCUACAGCUGGUCCGCAAAUACAAGAAGCUCAAAGUGGAGAAGGAGGAGUUUGUCACCCUCAAGGCCAUCGCUCUCGCCAACUCAGACUCCAUGCACAUAGAGGACAUGGAGGCCGUCCAGAAGCUUCAGGAUGCUCUCCAUGAGGCCCUGCAAGACUACGAAAGCAGCCAGCACCAGGAGGACCCACGGCGGGCGGGCAAGCUGCUCAUGACCCUGCCCCUUCUGCGGCAGACAGCGACUAAGGCAGUGCAGCACUUUUACAGCAUCAAGGUGCAGGGCAAGGUGCCCAUGCACAAACUGUUCCUGGAGAUGCUGGAGGCCAAGGUCUGAUUGACUGGAUGGCCCGACGUCAGCCACGGCAACAGCGGGGCUGCAUUAACAAAACAGAGUGACUUGAACCAAGGCUGAGGGUACUCAGGAGAAGAAACCCCCUGCUGACUGUGCUAGGCAGGACAGGGACUGACCUCUGUCCCUACUCCUGGAACUUUUGGACUAUCUAAAAAAGAACAAAUGCAAACUUGGUUAUUAGUAUAAAUAUAAAAAUGAAUGAUGAAGAUUAAUUUAAAAUAUAUAAGAAAUACUAUGUACAGUAAUAAUUUUUUUGGUUUUUGUUAAUUGUCAGUGGUCAUGCUGUGUAAAGGUGGACCCCUCUGCCCCUCAGCGUCUUCAGAACAAGUUGUUGCCAGUUCUUGAUAACAAGAUAAAAUGGUUUCUUUUUUCAGAAAACUUAAUGCUCCUUAAAUAAUUUCUGAAGACAGCAGAGGUCUCAACAACUCACUUGUCUCACAGUUGUGUUUUUGCCUGGACUUGACCAGGACAUGUAUAUAUUUAUUAUUGGAAGACUGAGUGUACAGUUCAAAGUCUGGUGAAGUUGGUUGCCAUUUUCUCUUGUUCUCCUGGAAAAAAUGAACUAAAAUUGUUACCUAAAUGUGAACUCUUAUCAGUUAAAUGUCCUUGGAUAUACCUCUCCAGAGCAGUAAGCCGUGUGAUCUUUGUAGUUCUGUCUCAGACUGGAAGACUUGCUGGUCCCAUGUUUAAUCAAACUAGCAUAGGCAGGUAUAAUAGUCAGUCGUCUUAUUCUGUAGUAACUCAGCAAUAAAAGGAGCUGUGGGAAAGCCAGGCUUAACCUCCUAUAUUUCAUGUGCUUUUCAAUGCUGCUGUUGCUAAAAGACCAUGCCUGUGUAUCUCAGUACCAUCAGUGGGACAUGCCACUGCACACAAGUGUUUUCCCCUCCUGUAGUGGUUUGUAUUGGCGCUGCUCACGCAACCCAUUGAACCCCAAAUUUGGUCAUUGUUUAAGCCCGUGGAAAUUGCUCCUGGCAUGCAAAUAGAUGACCUGAUUCAGGCUAGGUGAAAGAUGAUCAGUGGGUUUGGUGUGGCAGUAUCAAAGGAUUUAUGCCGAGUGGCAGAAGUCCAGGAGAUUCCAUGUUCAAACAAUCAGAGGCCCAUAUGUCAACCACUCUAUUUUGGGCCCCUUUAAGCCUGUGGCAGAGUCAUCCCACACACAGGGAGCAAGGUGCGCAGCAUCUGCUCUCACCAUUUUAGACACCUCCCGUCUUUUAAUAGCUGUGCCUGCAUUUAUAGAGCUUCAACCAAACGGAGGUAAAUGGCAGGUGCAGAGCUGGAGUGGUGGCACUUCACACUGGGUUUAUUUUUAACCCAGCAGGAGGCUGUUGUCUGCACAGCUCCAGAAGUACAGUAGACACGUGGAACACUUCUUCUUGACCUCAUGUUGACACAGUGGCAAAGUGCAGAGUAACACCCUUCCCACCGACCAGGAGCUAGGCAGGCAUCUGUGAGGACAGCUUAGGGAUGCCCGAGCAUGCACAUGUGAAUAGCUAUGCAAGUAACAAAGUGUCAGCAUGCUCUAACAGCAACCCAACAGUGUGUCAGUACAAGGUGUGAUCUCUGGUGGGAGAAGAGAUCUUGUGCUUUACCCUGUGUUUAACUGGAUGUCCAUUUCAGUGUGUGUGUAAUGUCGUAGUCCAGUCCAGCAGAGCUGUGCCACUCAUCUCCAUGUGACAGAGAAUGUGUUGGAGGUGAACGCUUAUACUACUGAAGGAUUUUAUGUGAUGUGAUAAAUUGUGGCGUUGUCACAACAAUAUGAUACUGUGAUCAAAGGAAUCCCUGACAUUACAGUUGGGUAGAGUUGUCACCAUGCUUGCGAUAUCAAUGGCUAGCACUGCUCCAGCAGCCGGCAUGCUUUUCUUUACAGCAGCCUGAUUGGUCACUUAAUGUAGGCUGUCUUCCCACUCCUGCACCGAAUCAUCCCAACUUGAAGUAGCCGCUGUCCAGUUACCAAGCUCCUCUGUAGGGGGUAACAAUAUAACUUGAGUUACUGUUGUGCAAUACAACAGGGACCAAUUCUGACUGAAAUCAUGCUAAAAGCAUGCUUUUACUUAGAUUUGGGAGAAUUUGUAUGCUAUGAAGUAACAUAUUCUAAGGCCCUCUAUUCACAAACUGUAUCCUGUAUAUGAGAAGAACUAUAUUUGGUUUGCUCAACUGACAAAAAAAAGGACUUUUGCGCUUGUUUCAAUAAAAGUGCAGUAUAAACAGAAACUUUUGCAGAAAAUCUUUACAACUAGAAUUUUGUAGUGGCCCAAGAUGACCAGCCAUACCAAUCAUAAGAACGGGAGUCUUCUCAUCUCCCUUUUUCUUUUUACCUUGCAAUAUGGCACUGUGUUAAGUAAAAGAGAACAUGUCUUACAUUACAAGCUGUCUAAGUAUGUAAAUAUAUCAACGUUAAAACAGUAGGUUGCCGAAAUACCAUUGAAAAUAAAGUAUGCAGCGCCCUGCUGACUACUACCUCAUUAUCAUAUUGUCUAUAUUUCUCUGAUUCAACACUUGAUGCUCUUUAUCAUCCUCACAUGUCUGUGACAUACCUGAGCCAUCCAUGUUUUUAUCAAAAACUCCUUCUCUUCCUCAGUGCUCCUGCCAAAAUAUUUGUAAUUGUAGGUACUGAUCUCCUCUUCCCAUUCAUUCUUCAUAGAUCUGUUUGUAAAGGCAAAGCAUGCUUCACAUUGACCACAUGACUUGGCCAUCAGUGGGUAUGAGCCCAAUUUUGGUUACUAAGCGGGUAUGUUUUUUUAAAAUAUAUAUAUAAACAUCAGUGUGUCAGAAUUGGUCCCUCAGUGACAAAUUGCAGACAGGGGCAGGCAACUGAUUUCCUGCUUCUGUGCUAUGAGUAUUUAUGGUGUGAAAUAUAUCACUUGGCAAUGGUGUACAUUGAUAUCUGAUCGUUGAAUCACCAAUAUCUGUGUAACUUUUACGUUUUGAUUUUCAAAAAGCUAAAGGAUCAAUGAAUUAAAUACUCCCUGAACUCUGUCA